CGACAAACUGUACCAUCUGCAUCAUGAUGACUUGCACGCUAACGGAAUGAAAGAUCAUCAAUUCGAGGCAAUUGAUGUCAGGUCAGAACCGACUUUUAUUGCAUGAUAUCAGUCAUAAAAACAGCAACAAUGUUGCGACAGAGACGAGGAGCAACAAUAUUGCGUUUGUUGAACGCUGCCUCGUAAUCUACAAGAUAGAGAAGUUGAUGUGGAUAUCUUGAUGUGCCUUUUCAACUUUGUCUGAUGUACUGAUGACACCAUCAACACAGAGGCAGAGAUGUCUGCAGCAGAACCAGAGGCCUGUGCCCUCUCCUCUUCUUCACUUGAUGUGGAAGAUAAAUGUCAGUACUAUGGCAAUUCUAGCUCUGAUCCUCCCACUGAACCACAUCCAGACAUGGACAUGUUCUGCUGUCACAGUGUCCAGGAUUCCUUACUGAGCUCUGACAGCCGCUUCACAAACUAUAGAGGGAUUCUCAACUUGAUCAUUAUCCUUCUGAUCUUGACCCAUGCUCACCUGUUCCUGGAUAACUUUAUACAACAUGGCUUUUUGAUUGACUUGAGGAAAGUCUUGGAGCACCUUAUGGAGGACCAUUACAACUGGCCGUCUGUCAACCUCAUACUGGCUGCCAAUAUGUUUGCUAUUGCUGCCCUGCUACUUGAGAGGUGUCUGGAUAAGGGAACACUAUCCCCAAGUGCAGGGCACUGUUUACACCUGGGGAACCUGGGAUUACUAACACUUUUCCCUGCUGUCAUCAUUCUAUAUGAUACUUCAAUAUCAACAGGGGGAGCAUAUUUCUCACUCUGGACCUACACUAUUCUUGGGCUCAAGCUUUAUUCUUACCAAGAAACCAACAGUUGGUAUCGUCAGGGGUCUGUUCCAUCUCCAGGAACGGACAAGUGUGUAUUACAUGAGACAAAAAAACAUAUAGAACACCUAAAUAUUAAAGACCUUUACUACUUUCUCCUGGCGCCCACUUUAUGCUACCAGCGAGACUUCCCCUUCACACCGAGGGUCCGUAUCAACGUUCUUUGUAAGACACUGAUAGAAAUGGUGGUCCUUACUCAAAUUAUUGUGGGAGUUGUGCAGCAGUGGAUUGAACCCAUCUUCCAGAGAUCAGAAAACUCCUUCUCUAAUAUGGACAUCACUACCAGGGUGGAGCACUUGAUGGAGCUUGUGGCUCCCAACCACUUCUUGUGGCUGAUGUUCUCUUUCCUGUUUUCUCACUCCUACCUGAACUUCUGUGCUGAACUGUUGUGCUUUGGAGACCGCCAUUUCUAUGGGGAUUGGUGGAAUGCUAAAACACUAAAAUGUUUUUGGGGGAAUUGGAAUAUUCCUCUUCAUAAGUGGUUCUACAGACACUUGUAUACACCACUACUGAAAAAGAGGGUGUCACAAAAGCAAGCAGAUCUGCUGGUCUUCCUGAUGUCAGCUGCCCUUUGCGAGUAUGUCAUUGCUCUGCCCUUACACAGCUGUCGUCUAUGGAUCUUCUUCAUGAUGAUCUUUGAGCUCUUGGUAGAUGUUUACCUUGGAGACUAUUUCAAGGGUAACUAUGGCAAUGGGCUGGUGUGGCUGUGCUUUCUACUGGGUCCUCCCCUGGCUAUGAUGACCUAUUUCCAUGACCACUACAUGAGUCACCAUGGCCAACAUCCUCCUGGACUGUCCGUUGCUAAGUGUUUGUCAUGAUCACUGUCGUAUACACAAUUGGAUAUAGCACUUUCGGAUACCUUUGAUAAGACUUAUGUCCAGCAAUGGACCAUUUGUAGGGACAGUCGGCAUAUCAGACAAAUUGUUCCCAUUUUUGUUGAAAAACUCACUAUUCAUAAUGCUUUUGAAUUUGAACAAUCUGUGGAUACGUCAUGUAAUGAAUGAUAUGACUCAACCUCACAUGAAAGAUAUGGCUGCUUAUUCACUGUAUAUCAACAUAUGGUUUUGGUUCACCCAAUGUUACUGUAAGCUUAUGGAUUAUAGCCUAUUUAUUUCAGACAACAUUAACUGCUGGGUGAAAACUAUUGGUGAACCACAACAUGUUGAAUUUAAGCACUGUUUGAAAUAUGUAGCUUCCAAUUGUUGUUACUCAGUAUGGGGAAAUGUGCUUUUAAAUAAACAGCAUUUGAAGCUU